CGGAAGCAGGAAAUAGUUUCUGAUGCACCCGACGCAGAGUCACCCCGUCUAGUAAAAAAUACAGCAGGUUGAUUUAAGCGUAAUUCGUGCAGCCAUCGUCCACAAUGUCAGACGGAGAUGAAGAGUCAUUCAAGGCUGUGGACUUGAAGCAACAGGCUCAGGAGACUCCCAAACCAGAGUCAGAUAUCCAGCCACAGCAAUCUCCCAGUGAAACAGAUGAACACAACACACCUUCUCCAGAGGCCAGGGAGGAAACUAUCUCCUCUGCACGUACAUCAGUGGUCAAAGCUAAAUGGACGUCAACUGUGGAACAGUAUAAAAUGAAGAGAUUUUUUGUCCUCAGGCCUGGAACUUUGGACCAAGCCAUUGAGGAACUUAAAGCCCUGGUUGACCCCUCAGAAGAUGGUGCUGUCCAGAGUGUUUGGCUCAUGGCUGAGAUAGAUCAUUGGAACAAUGAGAAAGAGCGUCUAGUGCUCAUUACAGAGAAUACCCUCCUUAUCUGCAAGUAUGACUUUGUCAUGCUCAACUGUGAGCAAAUCCAGAGGAUUCCACUCAAUUUCAUCGACCGCAUCUGCCAAGGCAACUUCUGCUUUCCACAACGCUCCCUCCUGACGAGAGAAGGCGAGGGGGUGCGAGUGUUUUGGGACAAGCUCAGAGAGCCAUCUUUCACUUCCCGUUGGAAUCCCUUUUCUGUUGACUAUCCUUUUUCUACGUUCACCUAUCACCCUGUCAGAAGUGCAAAUGAGCAGCUGGGCCGUCUGUGUGAGAUCAACAACUUUAAAGAUCAGCUGACUUUGGCAGCCCAGAAAGCCCAUGACAUGAAGCCUAUACCUGGGAAUGCUAAUGGGGUUCUUGUGCUGAAUCAACCCAUCCUUAUUGAGGCAUAUGUGGGUCUGAUGUCUGUCAUAGGCAACCAGAAUAAGCUGGGAUAUUGCUUAGCACGAGGCAAUAUUGGAUUUUGAGGAAGCUUUGAGUCUUCCAUUGAAUGUUAGUAAAUCUCUUAUACUAGCUGAGCACAAAUAGUUUAUACUUAUGUAAGAUAUUUAAAACAAAAUCAGUUUCUCAUUGAUAUUCUUAAAACAUGUUUUUUUGUGCCUUUAAAUGUCCAUCAGACCUCACAGUUUCAUCUAGUUAUAUUGCUCGUCUAUGAAUUAUGCAUUCUACAGAGGAUUUAUCUUCUUUUUAGCUGUUUUUUUUUUUAGGUAUGAUUGUUUUAAUUAAUUUCAUAAUAAUUUCCAAAUUUUACUUCAGAUUUGCUAAAACUAAUUUUAAUAACAUAAAUAAUUUAUAAUAAAUCCGUAUAUGACUUAAUAAUGUAAAAAAAUAUAUUAUUAUAUUUUUAAGUGUCAAUGUUAUACAGUCAUUUCCUUUGGGUGUGUCAGAACAUAACAAUAAAAGAAUGUGGCCACUCUUACGAAUUCCUGUGUAGAAAUAUAUUGUGUUUGUUGUUGUUGUGCCCCUGCAGAAUGUGCCACACUUUCAUGAAGCACGCAUGAAGAUAUGACAGUCAUAUUUGUAAGAUGGUUUAGGGUUUAUUACAGCAGACCAUAGCAUUGGAAUUUCCCAGAUUUUGUAAUUGCUACAUUCACACAGCCUUCUUCAUUUUUUUCUACAGCAGAGAGGCAAACAAUUUGUAAAGCCUUUAUAAAAAACAGUAAGUGCUUUUAUGGAAACUGCUGUCAUUAUUACUGAUUAAUAAUUACUGAAAAUAAUGUGGUUGAUGCAAAUUUGUGUUAUUUAAUGAUGAUACAAUAUGCUGUGUGUUUUGAGUAAUGCAAGUUUCAUUUUAUGAACUUUCUCCUCUGUAAAAAUUGUAAAAAAUAAAAAAAAAGGAUCCCUCGAUGUACAUCCUGUACAA